CGGUUCCUAUGGCAAUGGGGAGCCGGGCCCGGGCCUGGAGGAGCGAUGGCCAAGGCUAGUGAUACCUUGUGGGAUCUUGCUAUAGCUGAAGUGGAGAAGAGAGAAAAGGCUGACAACGAUGGCAAGCGUGCAGAAGUUUGGGAAAGAUCAGUAUUAUUUAUGGGAAACAAAAAUGGGGGAAAGACUACUAUUAUACUGAGGUGCCUCAAGAGGGAGGAGAUUCCAAAGCCGACUUUAGCCUUGGAAUAUACUUUUGGAAGAAGGGCAAGGAGACCCGAUACACCUAAAGAUGUAGCUCAUUUUUGGGAGCUAGGUGGUGGAACCUCGUUAAUGGAACUCAUUCGAGUACCAAUCACUAGUAACAGCAUAAGGACAUUUGCUGUAGUUCUUGUAUUGGAUCUCUCCAAACCUAAUGAACUCUGGACUACUAUGGAGAAACUUCUGCAGGUCACCAGGAACCAUGUGAACAAAAUUUUAGCCAAACUAGAAAAGACAAAUCCUGAAGUAGCUACUGAAAUUAAACAGAGGAUGCGGAACAAUCUGCAGAGGGAUCAUCCAGAUUAUGAAUUAGUUGACCCUUUUCCAAUACCCUUGGUGAUAAUUGGAAGCAAAUAUGAUAUUUUUCAUGAGUUUGAUUCUGAAGUGAGGAAAAUAAUAAGCAAGACACUUCGAUUUGUUUCACAUUACUAUGGAGCAUCAUUAGUGUUUACCAGUAAAUCUGAGGCACUCCUGCUGAAAGCCCAUGCUCUUAUUAAUCACUUGGCAUUUGGCUAUGAUAAAAGCAAAUCUGUAUCAGUGGAUCACAGCAAACCUCUGUUUAUACCAUCAGGCAUGGAUUCGCUGAGCCAUAUAGGACCACCACCUGCCUCUGACAGUGAUAUUGCAAAGCUGUGUGCAAACACACCUUUGGAACUGUGGAAAAAAGUUUUUGAGAAAGCAUUUCCUCCCAAGAGUUCCAGUGAUUUACAAGAUACAAGGGACCCUGCACAGGAUUUACAAUACGCCGAGCAUGAAAUCGAUGUUAUGAGAGCUCAGAAAAAACAGGAACUUGAACAAUACAAAAGAAAUGCCUCUAAAUCCUGGAAAGAAAUGAUUUUUGACUCUGAUUGAUGAACUGCUAUAGGUGUCUUCAGUUUAACAUUUACUUUUAUAAUUUUAACACUACAUUAGCAAAUUAACCUGAUGCAGUUGAAAACAUACAAUAUUAAAAAUGCAAAAAGAGUAUUUAUUAAGCAUUUCUGUUACUAUUUUCAAUAAAAAGAUGUUUAUUCACUCAGUCCAAAUUUAAGUGUAUCUUCCUACUAACACAGAGUUCUACAAAGUGGGGAGAAAGGAAUUCUAGAUUGCUUGGAGAUGGGUUUAAAUAUGAAGACUGGCAUUAGUCAGUUUUACCUAUUUUAUGAGUUAUAACAUGUUAUUUGGUAUAUUGUUGAAUGCUUCUGCCCUCAAUGUAUUUAAAUACAAGCAAAUUUUCCCAGCAAAAGAGGUUUCCCUAGUUCAUUGCAUAUCUAAUGCAAAUGCAAAGCUUAAGAAUAUAUUUGCAUCAUUGUUUGAUGUAUUUGAAUAGGAUAGGUCCAUGAAACCUGGCAGAAUAAAGUGGAAUUAAAACCGUG